AUGUCGCUUGAACUCAAUGGUAAUACCAUUGUCUCGAUGGCUGACUACAAGCUGUUUUGGAACAAUAUCCGUGCUCAGACCGGGUACAACCCUCAGUAUGUUGAGAAGCAUGACGGGUAUUCGAAUAACACAGCAAUCUCUACUACCUUCACCGCCGGUACUAUUUCUGCUACGGCAUCGGUAGCAAAUGAUGGUUUUACUAAGCGUCUUCUCUAUAACCCUUCAAAUGUCGGAGCUGACUCAUCUACGUCGUGGCCGUCUACUGGUGCUGCAUCUGCCACGACUACCAUUGCUAAUCAACUCGGUCGAGGUGCGUUCGUAGCUGGCGCUGAUUAA